UCCCUCCACUACUUCCCCAUUCCCUUUCUUCACACAUUUUUCUUUCUAUUUUACAGAAAAGAAAUGGGUUUUUUGAAUGUGGCCUUUAUUUUUUCACUAAUAUUAGUAGCAGCAGUUGAAGGCAGAAUCCCAGGUGUUUAUAGUGGUGGAGCAUGGCAGAGUGCUCAUGCUACAUUCUAUGGCGGCAGUGAUGCCUCUGGUACUAUGGGUGGGGCGUGUGGGUACGGUAAUCUAUACAGUCAAGGGUACGGAGUGAACAAUGGAGCACUGAGCACAGCGCUAUUCAACAAUGGCUUAAGUUGUGGAGCGUGCUUUGAGAUCAAGUGUGACAAAGACCCACAAUCGUGCCAUUCCGGUAGUCCUUCCAUAUUUAUUACUGCUACUAAUUUCUGCCCUCCCAACUUUGCUCUGCCGAACGACAAUGGCGGAUGGUGUAACCCUCCUCGUCCUCAUUUUGACCUUGCCAUGCCUAUGUUCCUUAAGAUUGCUGAGUACCGUGCCGGAAUUGUCCCCGUCGUUUACCGCCGGGUGCCAUGCAGGAAGAAAGGUGGAAUAAGGUUCACAAUUAAUGGCUUCCGUUACUUCAAUUUGGUUUUGGUUACCAACGUGGCGGGUGCAGGGGAUAUUGUGAGGGUUUACGUAAAAGGUUCAAAGACAAAUUGGAUAACAAUGAGUCGUAAUUGGGGUCAAAAUUAUCAAACAAAUUCGGUUUUGAUUGGUCAGUCACUUUCAUUUAGGGUCACAGCCAGUGAUAGACGCAGCUCCACUUCAUGGAACAUUGCUCCACCUCAUUGGCAAUUUGGUCAAACUUUCAUUGGGAAAAACUUCAGAGUUUAACAAGAAAAAGUAGCUAAAUUCAAGACUUUUUAUUAUAGUAUGUUUCUGUUUGUUUGACGGGUUUUGGGGAUUGUAGAAGUCUUUAGAAAAAUGCUUUUUGGAGUUGGGAUUAGGGAAAAGUAAGGUCUUCUGAUUAUGGGGUUAUUUAUUUUUACUUUUUUGGUUGUGAUGGGGAAAGAAAAGGGUUGAUGAGUUUUGUGGAGAAAUUAGGGAUUUGGGAAGGGAUGAAGUGUAGAUGACUUGAGAAAAGCUGAGGCGGCUGCAAAAACAUGUAGCCCGCAGCUACUAGUAGGACUAUAUAUUAAUUGAAAAUAUGUAUGUUGUUUUUGGUAUCUUACGUGUUACAUUUAUAUAUAGUAGCUCAUGUACCUAAAUCGA